AUGCCAGACCUUCCACAAGACUCAAUUUUUACAUUAAACAGAGAAUCAGAUAUCGAUCAAUUUUUACACAGCAACCAUAAAUGGGUGAAUUCAAUGAACUCAGCUCAUCCUGUGCUAUUCGAUCAAUAUAAUGGGAAAGGUCAAGAUCCACACACUCUGCUGAUAAGUUGUUCGGAUUCAAGGUACAACGAAAAUUGUUUCGGAGUUUUACCAGGAGAAAUAUUUACAUUAAAAACGGUAGCCAAUAUAUGCCAUGCAGACGAUUUGUCGCUCUUGGCAACGAUUGAAUUUGCCGUAUUGCAGUUAAAAGUAUCGAAAAUCAUUAUUCUUGGUCAUACUGACUGUGGUGGUAUUAAAACAUGUUUAACCAAUAAAAGAAAAGAUCUUCCUUCACAGAAUUGCGGACAUCUAUUUAAAUAUUUGACUGAAUUAGAUACGUUGGUAAAUGAUGUCAAUAAAAAGAAUGAGAAUAAUUUCGUUGACUUGCCAAUUGAGGAAAAAUCAAAGAUUUUAUCAAUAAAGAAUGUUGAAAAUCAAUUUAAUAACAUAAACACGAUAGAUACAGUAAAAGAAGGUAUAAGUAAUAGUACUUUACAAGUCUUCGGGAUGUUAUACAAUGUAAAUACUGGAUUAAUUGAAAAAUGUGUCUAA